GUGGGUGGGGUGGUAAGGACAGAGCCGGCCUGAAAGGAGCUCUCACUGAUCAUUUUCAGCGCCAGCUUCGGCAGGAGCAGGGAGCGGUGCCAACCCCUGGGGGAAGGGACCGCCAGAUAGGGCAUCCUGGGUUUCAAGGCCCAAGGCUGGAAGAAGGGAAGCUGAGCUGGCCUGGCUGUGGAGGAUGAAAGAUGCAGUAGCCAGGCCCUCCUCCUAAACCCCACCCGCCAUCCCUGGGCACAGGGGCUGACUCAGCCCAUUCUCUGGCCCAGAACCUUCCCUGUGCUAGACCCUGGGGCCUUUGUCCCAGUCAUGAGGUCUGAGGGGGGUGGGGACAAUAUUGAUAAAAGGCACUAGAAGCAGCUCCCACACCCUUCCUCAGAGCUGCUGCCCACAUGCAGCCCCGGACACAGCCCCUAGCCCAGGCCCUACCCUUUUCCCUCGGAGCGGUCCUGCGAGACACUGGACUCCGGGUGCCUGUCAUGAAGAUGGGCACAGGAUGGGAGAGCCUGCAGCGGACCCUGAAGGAAGUCGCCUACAUCCUCCUCUGCUGCUGGUGUAUCAAAGAGCUGCUGGAUUAAUGGCAGCAGGGAUCUGUCUACCCGCCGGCACCAUGGCCGGCAGCGCUCAGGUGGGCGAGGCAAGCCAGAGAAACAGGAGGCCUGGCUGCAGCUUCUGUGGCAGAGCCUGCCUCUCAGCUUCCCAUUCUCUUUUUCAGCACCCAGCCCAGCCCCCAUCAGGACUCCUGGGGCCUGCUGUGCCUGACCAAGCAUGGGCCGCAAGCAGCCAGUGACCUGUGAUCCUGCUUUGAGUCCGUGCCACCUGUCAGACCCGCCUCAUCUCUGGGCUUCCAAUCCCAGCCCCCACCUCCGGUGCACCUCCGGAGGUGCACAGGAGCUUGGCCUGCUGGCUAGGACCCCAGUCAGAACUGGCACUCCUCCAAGCCUGGCACAGUGAGCCCACCAGCCCAGAUGGCUGAUCUUACCACACCCUCUCGGUACCAGGAAUGGGCUGCUCCCCUAGCAGCUCUGCUUGAGAAUCACUGAACUUUAUAUACAAUAAAUAGGCCUUGAGACUGAAAGUUCUAAAUAUCUACAGGGGAAUCAGAAAAAGUCAGCACUGAAGAGUCUGGGAGCCAGGGUGGGAAGGAGGUUGUCCUGGACAGAACGGAUGGAAAGUCAGGUUUCCUGACUCACUGGUGCCUGGGUGGGGAGGGUGGAGGGUGGAAAGGCCAGGUUCCUCCCAACGUGUAGAUAGGGAGGAGUCCAGCCUGGGUGGGGUCUUCUUCUUGAGGCCCUGCCUGUGGGGACGGGGAACUGAAAUAGAAGACCUGGUCUGGCCAGCUCCCUACCCCUGAAGAUCUUGGGAAAAGCACUGAGCUGAUGCUGGUCCCCAGUUUACAGAGGAAGUCAGGCUCUGCUGCUCCAGCUCACACACAAGGCAGCAAAAGAAAGCCACACAUGUCCCUCAGGCUUAUGACAGUACAUGGGACACAAACAGCCAGCAUGAGCCACACAGUCUCUUUGCUUCCCCUUGGCAGCCACCGACACACAUGCUCUCCCUGAAUCACUCCCAGUGGUAGGUACACACCAGCCAUCUUGCUUCUUCUGUACAUCCUCUUGCUUCUGGCUACUGACGUGCCCACUCACAGCCCCCCAUGACCACAGAGCCAGUGAGAGGGCUUAUUCAUCUUUUGGUUUUGUUUUCAUUUUGUUUGUUUGUUUUGCCAUUUCUUGGGCUGCUCCAAUGGCUUAUGGAGGUUCCCAG